UCCUCGCCCAGUGCGGCUGGGGGACACAGGCUCCGGAGCUGCUGCUCGAAAGCCCGGGCGGAGGGCGGUGACGGCUCCUAGUUGCAGCCUCCCUUUCACCACCUCCUUUUCCCUCCCCGCGCUUCCUCUCCGCCCACCGCGCUUCAGCCACUUGGUCGCAGCCGGCUGUGUCCUCCGACCCCCGGCGUCGCUGCGCCAGCCCCUCGCUCAGCGAUGGGGGACCUGCCAGGCCUCGUGCGCCUCUCCAUCGCUCUGCGCAUCCAACCCAACGAUGGUCCGGUGUUCUUUAAGGUGGACGGGCAGCGCUUCGGCCAGAACCGCACCAUCAAGCUGCUCACCGGCUCCUCCUACAAGGUGGAGGUGAAGAUUAAGCCCAUCACGCUGCAGGUCGAGAACAUUUCCAUUGGUGGUGUGCUUGUCCCACUGGAGCUGAAGGCUAAAGAACCUGAUGGAGACAGAGUUGUUUAUACGGGAACAUAUGACACAGAAGGUGUGGCCCCAACCAAGAGUGGAGAACGGCAACCUAUCCAGAUCACCAUGCCGUUCACGGACAUUGGGACCUUCGAAACAGUGUGGCAGGUCAAGUUCUACAAUUACCACAAGCGAGACCACUGCCAAUGGGGAAGCCCCUUCUCUGUCAUUGAGUAUGAGUGCAAGCCCAACGAGACGCGCAGUCUCAUGUGGGUGAACAAGGAGUCCUUCCUCUGAAGACAGCUCUUUUCCGAUGUUGCUGGACCGUCUCUCCAGAAAUCUACUUUUAGAUAAACCAGCACAAGCCUUAAGCAAGGCACAUGCACCCUGGCUGUUUCCCAUCUGGUACUGAUGACCUACUAUCCCCGGUUACUUGAAAGUGUAAUUCCCCUCUGAUACAGCACCCCCAAACAUAAAAGAUGAUGUACCACGCCCCAAUAUACUCCUUCCUGUAUUGUGUGCUGGUGUUCCUGCAUCCAGUUGUGCUCGGUCAUGCAGUGGGGGGUCAGUGGAAGUGGUAGGCAUGUCCUAUACUCAAGGGUUCCACUGAAUGAUAGUGGUAUUUUGUUUCCAAAAUAAGUAAUUGCCUCUUUUUUUCAUUGUUAAUUUUUUUUUAAUGUGCUUGGGUCCUCCCGUGUGUAAUGUGGUAACGUGAAACACGUUGUUUGCCAGCUUUCAAAGCAGCCUUUGUGAAAAUGUAAUACAAAAAACACUAACUGGGACUCAGAUGUUGUGUUUCCUAGAAACAGCUUUUUCAGGGGAUAAUGAAUGACAAAACAGAAGGACAAAUAUGUAAGACAUCUUUCUAAUGUUAUUCCUUCAGGUAAUUUAAGAUAGUGUGUUAUGAUCUAAUGGAAACUGGGGAAAAGCAUUGCUAUGGACCACUGGGAAACUCAGUGACUGGAGUUGUAGGGUCACCCCUCUGGCAAGCAACCAUAGUGUUCAAAUGUGCACAUUGAUGGCAUCCUACAUUUCCCCACUUGAACUUUGUAAAACUGUGUAUGGAACUGUAAUGAACUUUUGAUAUUUCUUAAUAAAGGUAUCAAAAAUCA